AUGGCAACUACUCAAGGGUCUUCUCCUUGGACCAAUGAGUCCGCCGGUCCAACUUACGCUCCUGGGACUUCACAAUCACCUCAGCUAGCGAUGCUCGAUUUAUUCUUCCCGGGCUUCUCUGUCGUCGCCGGCGCGGUACAGAAGUACCUUCGCAUCGAUCUUAACUUAUAUAUCCCACUAGUGCUUAUUGUAGGCGCCUUAACACUUGUAUGGAAUUAUAUGAGUUCAUACUUGUGGGAGCAAGUUGAAUCCCAUCUUAUGUCUGUCGUCGACAUCCGAACCGAUGACGAGAUCUACAAUAUCCUUAUGGCCUGGGUGGCUAAGCAGAGAUUCUCGCGGAGUGCCCGGCGAUUCGUAGUGAACACUAACUUAAACUCCCGAAGCUGGUUUUUGUGGUACGAUUACGACGACGAUGAGGAUGAAGAAGGCAUUGACGAAAUAACAAAUUCACGAAAGAAGAAAGGCUUGGCAUACACGCCUUCUUUUGGUAGCCACUACUUCUGGUAUCGCGGUCGCCUCCUUCUAUUCCGCAGGACAGCAAACAGAGAACAGAACUCGUUCAUGCUUGUUAGCGAACGUGAGGAGAUAUCAAUUUCAUGCUUCGGCCGAAGUCCCUGGAUUCUGAAAGACCUUCUCCUGGAGGCUCGCCAACUAUACCUGCAGAAGGAUGAACGAAAGACCCAGAUCUACCGCGGAACGCUUAAGCCAGGAUCUACCGAACCAAACUGGCAGAGGUGUAUGUCUCGUGCCUCUCGUCCCUUUUCGACAGUGAUCCUGAACGAAAAGACGAAGCAAGACCUUAUUGAUGAUGUUACCGACUAUCUCCAUCCCGCAACGCAGCGUUGGUACGCAAAUAGAGGUAUCCCAUACCGCCGUGGCUACUUGCUGUACGGCCCCCCUGGCACGGGAAAGAGCUCGCUCAGCCUCGCCCUAGCCGGCUUUUUCAAGAUGAGGAUUUACAUCGUCAGUCUAAGCUCUAUCACAGCAAACGAGGAGAGUCUUGCGUCUCUGUUUGCUGAGCUUCCCCGUCGCUGUGUUGUACUCCUCGAGGAUAUCGACACGGCAGGUCUUACUCAUACCCGUGAGGAAAACCAGAACCAGUCUAAGGAUGAUUCGGAUGAUAUGGUCCCCGGUCAACUUACUACGGGAAAUACAAACACUAGCAAUGGUAGACUCUCCUUAUCGGGACUGCUCAACAUCCUGGAUGGUGUGGCGUCUCAGGAAGGCCGUGUGUUGAUUAUGACCACCAACCACCUCGAAAAGUUGGAUAAGGCAUUAAUCCGCCCUGGACGUGUUGAUAUGAUAGUGAGGUUUGGUCUAGCAGACGAAGGGAUGACUGCAGCCAUUUUCCGCGCCAUCUUUGCACGUUUAGAUGGUGACGAGGCUCCUGAAAACACCACGGACGCACCUCUCCAUCCAGAGGAAAGAGAAAAACAAGAAGCAGAGAAGGCCAAGGAGCGAGCGGAUGAUGAUACUCGUGUGAAUGCCCUGGCAGAAGAAUUUUCUGCCAAAAUGCCGUCACACGAAUUCAGUCCAGCAGAAAUCCAAGGGUAUUUGAUGAAGUAUAAGCGUAACGCUCAAGAAGCUAUUGCAAACAUAGACGAAUUCAUCACGCAGACUCGGAAAGAUCGCAAGGACAAGGAAUUAAAGGAAGCCGAAGAGAAGCGGAAAGCAGAAGCGAAAGCGAAGGAAGAAAAGGAAGAAAGAAAAAGAAAAGAAGGAGAAGGAGGCAGAGGAGGCGAAAAAGAAGGAGAGUGA